AUGCCGACUUUCGGACUCUGCUUUCUCUCUGGCGCCGUUGCGGCCAGCCUGAGAACAACCGCCGGUGUUCGACACGCGCCACCAAGCGUGCACACGCUGAGUCGCCAGCAGGUCUGCAGCGGGGCCCUCGCGGCGCUGGCGUUGCUGCCGUCGCAUGGCUUGGCUGCGGAAGAGCCUGGAAAUGCGGCGUUGGUGACGGACCGUGUGGCGCUCGUCUUCACGGAGCAGCUCUCCGCCGAGGAGCGGCGCGAGUACGCGAUGACUCUCGGCCUCUACGGCGGCAAGGCCCCACGCGCAGUGGAGCGCUUCAAGGCACUCGCCACAGGCACGUUGAGCGCGCCGUGCGAGGACCAGAUGGAGGCGUCCGAGGCGGAGGCGCUGGCGCGCAGCGCGCUGACGAAGCGCUCCGUCUACCGGCAGUGCCUCGCCGCCGAGGCGGAGCCAGUCUCGUACGGUGGCGGCUCGCUCGUCUGGCGCAUCACCGGCCGCCGUAUCGACGCAGGGCAGGCGCGCGGGGCCGAGCCUGCCCGAGACUAG